UCCUAAGGAUUUUUCCUUAUACCCUCCCUAUGCUCCUUGUCUGUCAAUGUUAUGCUUUCGUUCUGUCAACAUCUUCUCUGUAUUGAAUAUGUGAUCACUUCCUGUCUUAGAACAUAAGCUGAUUAUUCUCUGACAAGCUGAAAUAAUGGCAGCAGAAGACGUUAACGUUACUUUUGAAGAUCAGCAGAAAAUCAACAAGUUUGCUAGAAACACCAGUAGAAUUACAGAACUAAAAGAAGAAAUAGACGAUAAGAAGAAACAGCUCCAGAACCUGCAAGAUGCUUGUGAUGACAUUCUGGUGCUUGACGAUGAUUCAUUAUUGAUACCAUAUCAAAUUGGAGAUGUCUUCAUUAGUCACCCCCAAGUUGAAACAGAAGACAUGUUGGAGGAGGCAAAGAAAAACUUACAGGAAGAAAUUGGAACUUUGGAAGCACAAGUGGAAUCCAUCCAAAAAGUAUUAUCAGAUCUUAAAGUCCAGCUUUAUGCAAAGUUUGGCAACAAUAUAAAUCUCGAGGCAGACGAUAAUUAAAUAGGAAUAGAAAUAGUAUUGGAUGUUUUUGUACUAAUUAUUUUUGCUUCAUGGUCAAUUUUUUGAGAAACCCCUUUUUUCUUUAAAUUACAUUUUUGUUUCAUGUAUUUAAUUACAUACAUUCUUAUUUAUAUGUUUAAACAAAUUUGUCCAAAUUCUCUGGUGUGUUAUUAAAGGUGGGUGCUUACAAGUUUACUGAAAAAAGUAAUAAAGCUCACAGAAAUA